AUGGAAAGAAUUCCUGAGGAGUGGAGGUGGAGCACAGUGAUCCCUCUAUACAAAAACAAAGGUGAUAUUCAAAAUUGCAACAACUCUAGGGGUAUUAAGCUGUUAAGCCAUACUAUGAAAAUUUGGGAGAGGGUGGUGGAGUUGAGGGUAAGGAGUAUAGGGAGAGGAAGAAAAGCUUACAUAUGGUGUUCAUCGAUCUGGAAAGCAUACGACAAAGUCCCUUGGGAAGUUCUGUCGAGAUGCUUGGAGGCUAGAGGUGUACCGGUUGCAUACACUACUAUGAUUAAGUACAUGUACGAUGGAGCCAAGACCCAUGUUAGAACGGUGGGAGAGGACUCGAGACGCUUUCUUGUAGAGGUGGAGUUGCAUCAGGGAUCAACGCUUAGCUCGUUGCUAUUUGCUUUUGUGAUGGGUGAGUUGACGCGACACACUCAAGGGGAGGUACCUUGGUACAUGUUAUUUGUAGAUGACAUAGUUCUGAUUGACGAGAAACGAGGUGGUGUUAACACUAGGCUGGAGGUCUGGAAGCAGACCCUGGAGUCUAAAGGUUUCAAGUUGAGCAGGUUUACGACAAAAAUACCCGAAGUGAAAGUUUUGUGA